GGCAGAUCUUGUUUUGCUGUGGCACUGUUAAGGGCGGUGAACAGCAGAACCUCCUAAACUCAUAACCUUUAUAUACUUAGUACUUAAUCGUAGUGAAUCAAAAAGAAAUGUUUUUCCAUCUCCAAGAAAAUCUGCCAACACUCCACAAGAGUCUUCCAGACAUCAUGUCCCUCCUUUAUAUUUCCAUCUUAUGGGUCUGUGCCUGUGUGGAAAGUGCAGAUCCUCCGAUUACUCUAUCAGCUCCAGUGGGUUCCACAGUCAUCCUGCCGUGUAAACUGCCUGGCAUGUUCAAUCAAACAUCACUUAUUCGGUGGAAGAUGAACGAUGAGCUUGUGUUUCAGCGAAGCAUUAAUGCUUCGAUUCCAGGUUCGGGAUAUGAAGGCCGUGUGGAUGUUCCUCUGGAUGAGCUGCGUAAAGGAAACUGUUCCUUGGCGUUGAAGAACAUCCAAAUCACUGAUGACCGUUUCUACAAAACCUUUACAAUGGAACAUGUGGACACUACAAAUGUGAAAGUAAUUACCAGUGUUAGAGUCUCAGUCUAUGCCAUUGAGAUAUCAGCUCGAGUGGGUACCACAGCUGUCCUGCCAUGUGAUUGGAUCGGUUUGUACAUAACAAACCCUCAUGUUGAGUGGUACAUUGAUUCUGAGAUUGUGUUCGAGCAAAAGGGUGACGAGUCAUUUGUGGGUGCAGGAUAUGGGGGCCGAUUGAAUGUUUCUAAGGAUGAGCUGGUUAGAGGAAAAUGCACCCUGGUGGUGAAGAAUGUCAGUGUUACUGAUGCUGCUGUCUACAGAAGUGCAAUGGUACAAUCAGACAAUCAGAAAUCUGUCUUGGUCCAGACGGUUAAACUGACAGUUUUUGGUGUUGCAGGAAUAAAUUACCCCCACCCUCUGAUCCUCGUCAUGUCCUUCCUCAUGUGCUUGAUUUUCUCACGUUGAGGAAACAUCAGUGUGAUCUGUGUGAGUACAGAAACUUCUGUGAGCCGAGAGAUUCGCCUUAUAAAGAAAACUCGUUUAAGGAAAAAAACGAGGGAAGAUUUCGGUGUGUUUUAUCCACGUUGUCAACAAGUCUACAACUGUGAGGAGCAGGAGAACAUUAUUACAGUAUUACUGAGAACAUGAAACCACAGAUGAUAUUAGCUAGCGAUUUUUUUCCUGUCUGUUUCUCUAUUUCAUAUAUAUUGGUUCUGAUUUUAGUGAAGGUGAGAGUAAUGUGUGAAGGUGUCGUUUUAUUGGGAGAUUAUUCUUUGAUAAAUAUCCAGAGUUUUUAAUUAAGUGAAGGUCUCUAAAGGUGUUAUUUAAUUGGGAGUGUAUUCUUUAGUAUAUUUCUGUGUAUUUGUUUUGUGACAGUGUGUAGAAUUGUUGCUUGAUUGGGGGUCUAAUCUGUUUUCUUUUAAUAAAUGUGUAAUGGUUUACUGAA